AACCAUUUGUGAUCGGAAUAUGCGGCGGCUCUGCCAGCGGAAAGACGACCGUGGCAAACAAGAUAAUUUCAGAUCUCGGUGUCCCUUGGGUCACUUUACUAUCAAUGGACAGCUUUUACAAGGUGCUAAAUGAGAAACAGCAUGAACAGGCAGCUCUCAACGAAUACAACUUCGACCACCCUGACGCAUUCGACUUUGAUCUCCUAUUCUCCACGCUAAUUAGACUGAAGGAAAUGAAGAAAGUUGAAGUUCCAAUCUACAAUUUUGUAACACACAGGAGAGAAACGAAGACUGUAUCAAUGUACGGGGCCAACGUUAUUAUCUUCGAGGGUAUCCUUGCUUUCCACAGAGAUGAUAUCAACAAUCUACUCGAUAUGAAGAUCUUUGUUGAGACGGAUUCCGACGUGAGACUGGCGAGAAGGUUGAAGCGAGAUAUCAGUCAACGAGGACGCGAUAUCCACGGAGUCAUGCAGCAGUACGAGAACCACGUCAAACCUGCCUACGACAGGUUCAUCGCCCCCACCAUGCAGUACGCUGAUAUUAUUGUACCUAGGGGUGGAGAGAACGGUGUAGCGAUAAAUCUAAUUGUACAACAUGUACAGACACAGCUGUUUGCUAGAGGGUUUAAACUCAGAUCUAAGUUAGCAGAAGUAGGAAACGGAAAUGGACAGUCGUUACCAGGAACAUUGAAACUACUCCCAACAACUCCACAGAUAAAGAUUGAUCAGAUUGGUAAUUGAGUACAGUCUCGCCUUACAAAAGUUUGAGAGUUGUACAGUUGAUACUCCUCAGGGAAUGAAGUAUGAAGGUCGUCGUUGUGCUGUGAAGAAGAUCUGCGGAGUUUCUAUACUCAGAGCAGGAGAAACCAUGGAACAAGCGCUAUCAGAGGUCUGCAAGGAUAUCAGGAUUGGUAAGAUCUUGAUCCAGACUAACUGGGACUCUGGAGAACCAGAACUUUACUACCUUCGUCUUCCUAAAGAUAUCAAGGAUUAUCAGGUAAUUCUGAUGGAUGCUACUGUUGCUACUGGAGCUGCAGCUAUGAUGGCUAUCCGUGUACUACUUGAUCACGAGGUUCCAGAGGAGAAUAUUAAUCUUGUUUCUCUACUUAUGGCAGAAUCAGGAGUUCACACAAUAGCCUACGCAUUCCCUAACGUGAAGAUAGUGACUAGUGCUAUAGAUCCAGAGAUUAAUGAGAGGUUUCAUGUUCUACCAGGGAUAGGAAACUUUGGUGAUAGAUAUUUUGGAACCGAGCCAAAGACGAUUCAUAGAUUUCGGAACGACAAGAGCAAAUCUGGGUCCCAGACAAAAAUCGCCGACUCUGAGACUAAAAUCUCCGGCUCGGAGUCUAAGAUUCUGAUGUCGGAGGCGAGUAGCUGUGAGGCGGAGUCGAAUAUCCCGGAGCUAUGUGAUGCUUGCCGUUCUGCAGAUGUAUAAUAAAAUAAAAUUUUAAACCUAAA